GCUUGCUUUGCUUUAGGUACAGUUCUGUCUCUUUUUUUUUGUUCGGCUUUGGUCACACACACACACUUGUUUACAACGCAAACCUUCUUCUCCAAAACCAAGUUCUCAGUUUCUCUCUCUGUUACGCACUAAUCUUCUAUUCAUUCUCUCUAUACCUUUUUUUUGACUCGAUGACGGUCGCCGGCGAAAUUUUCAAGGGGUAAAUAGUGUCCCCGGAAUAAGACGGGAGAACGAGAUCUAAUUCAACCAAUUGGAAGUUUUUAUCGGAUUAAUUUGGGGUUUGCAUUGGUCAGAAGGACCUACUGGUUUUGAGGAUGUGUGUUUUGAUUGUUUGAGGAUUUAAUGGAACAAGUAAAGAGAUGGAGAUUGUUUUGGAGCAAUCUGUCUAUUGAUACUGGGACACUAGUUCCCCAACUGAGAAUCACCUGUUUCGUAGCAAUAAUGGCGGCUGAGGAACAAAGCCAAGUCUCUGCCUCUGCUUCUGUUGUAGAGAAUGAUGCUCAACGCCUUCGGUUGGGAUCAAGCGACUCGCUUCUCCCCGGUCUCAUCGACGACGUCGCUCUAAACUGUCUCGCUUGGGUUCCAAGAACCGACUACCCUUCCCUCUCCUGCGUGAGCAAAAAGUACAACAACCUGAUCAAGUCUGGUCACCUCUUUGGCCUCAGAAAGGAGCUGGGGAUAGUGGAGUAUCUCGUCUUCAUGGUCUGCGACCCUAGAGGCUGGCUAAUGUUCUCUCCCACGAAGAAAAAAUGGAUGGUCCUUCCCAAAAUGCCCUGCGACGAGUGCUUCAACCACGCGGAUAAAGAGUCUUUGGCCGUGGACGACGAGCUUCUCGUCUUCGGGAGAGAGCUGUUUCAGUUCGCUAUAUGGAAGUACGGUUUGAGGUCUCGGCGCUGGGUCAAGUGCGAAGGGAUGCACCGUCCUCGCUGCUUGUUUGCCUCCGGGAGCUUAGGAGGGAUCGCUAUUGUAGCCGGAGGGACUGAUAUGAACGGGAAUAUACUAGCGUCUGCUGAGCUUUACGAUUCUUCUUCGGGGAGAUGGGAGAUGCUUCCCAACAUGCAUUCGCCUCGGAGACUGUGCUCAGGGUUCUUCAUGGACGGGAGAUUCUAUGUUGUUGGAGGGAUGUCGAGCCCUAAUGUAUCGGUUACUUGCGGAGAAGAGUUUGAUCUUGAGACGAGGAAGUGGAGGAAGAUCGAAGGGAUGUAUCCGAACGUGAACAGAGCGGCGCAGGCUCCGCCUCUCGUUGUGGUGGUGAACAACGAGCUGUUCACGCUCGAGUACUUGACCAACAUGGUGAAGAGGUAUGAUAAGGAGAGGAACAAGUGGGAAGUGAUGGGAAGGUUGCCGCCGAUGGUGGACUCGUCCAACGGUUGGGGGUUGGCGUUUAAGCCGUGCGGGGACCAGUUGUUGGUUGUUUGCGGGCAGAGAGGGAGUAACGGUGAGGGUGUUGUUGUGAAUGCUUGGUGUCCGAAGACGGGAGCUAGAGAUGGGAACUUGGAUUGGAAAGUGAUUGGUGUUAAAGAGAAUGUUGGUGUCUUUGUUUAUAACUGCGCGGUGAUGGGUUGUUAAAGUAAAAGAAAUCAAAUCUCUUUUGGUUUCUUCAACUUGGAAGUUCGGUUCUUUGUAUUACAACAUCAGAUCUUGUCUCUGGUUCGGUCUUCAGCUUGGAAGUUUUUGUUGUUUUAUUUUCUUCUGCUUGGGAUUAACAUGCUUUUGUGUUUGAUUCUGUUUUUAAUUUUAUUUGUGUAAACUGAAAAAAAGAAAGAAAAUUCAUUACUCUUCAAAAUUUACCUCCUUUUAAAGCUUUUUUUUUUUAUCAUUUUACUUGAAUAAAAAGGGAGAAAAUUUUCCAGUAUGUAUAUUGAUGUAAUGGUUUUUGGUAAAAAUAAUAAAACUAUAUAUGUGAAAACUGUUUAGUGUUUGCUACAAAAUAAUAUGAACUCUCUGAAGCUAGCUUCAUGAUUCACGUGUUUAGCCCAAUGAAAAACGGGCUUUGCGAGUUAUCUAUUACUAGCCCUAUUGGACGUUUAAAACGGGUUUUAAAUAAUAACAUCUACACUCUACAUGAUCGAAGUAUAUAGUUUUCUUUUGUCGGCAGUAUAAAGUAUAUACUUUUAAGAUUUGAUAUCAUUUGGAGUUCUGUACAUCUAUAAAGUAUUUGCUCAUCGACAGGUCAGCAAACGUACAAGCGACAAAGUAUGAUGUAGAUAUCGUUUUCAUGUCCGAACUUCUCAGUAGUCCCAAAGUUAAGAUAAUGACGUGUGGGAUCUAGUUAAUCAAUUUUAUUUUCGUGUUUACAUGAUCUAUUGAAUCUGAUUUUCGUGUUUACAUACAUGCCUUGUAUUUGCAAUUUUUUUCUUAAUUUAGUCGUGUGUUCCCAAACGAACUAGUAUUUGAACAUUUGCUUUUUGCAUGCGUGAGAGAAACUUAACGUGUGAUACGAAUUUGAACAUACUUGCAAUUAUUCAGCACAUGAGUUUACGUAUAAUAAGUAUUAAUGGGGGAUUUCAAAUGUUAUGUAUUGCCAUGGCUAAGAAAAAGAAUUGAAAUUUGUGGUAGAUUGAUGAAUUUACAUGGGAUUUUUGCCCAGUAAAAGUGAACAAAUAAAUAAUAGCUUUAAAGUAAAUGAACAAACUAUUAAUUAUGUUAGAGUUUAUUAUCCAACCUAUUUUAAAAACUCUAAUGAAAGACCAAAAUGCUGAAUACAGUCCCACAAAGUUACUUUUGGAAUAAUAAUUUUGUUAAAAGAUAAGAAUACACAAGUUUCAAAAAAAAAAAAAAGAUAAGAAAAAAUUUUCGGAAAAGACAAAUUUUAUGGUUUUGUCGAAAUCCCACUAAGGUCAUUGUAAUGCAGAUUUUAUUUUAGUCUUACUUAUUUUAUAGAAUCUUGUAGUUGGUGCUUUCUCCCAAACAAUGGGUCGUCGAGCAUGAUACGUACUCACGUCUAUGUACAUAAUUAGUCUACACAUGUUACGUUUAGUCAUACACUUUGUUUAUUACUCCAUGUUUACUUUGUUUUAGUUAUCACUUAUCCUACGAAGCUGUCUUUUUUUUUCUGAACCCCAUCCAAUCGCUCACAUCGGUAAUAAACUGCGAUCAAUGACUUUGCACGGCAUGGUUUCCAAUCUAGGUUUAAAAUUUGUGGUUUUCUGAAGUUUUAGUGACUGGCAAAUAAAAUUUAUAGAUUUAAUAUCAAAGAAGAUAUCAAAUAUACUUUUCAACAUUGGAUCAAAUACACACUUAUCAUUUGUAUCAUAUAGAAACCUAUAUAGUUUGUCAGAAAGUCAUCAAUAACUCCUAAUUAAUGCUACGGAGCUUAUUCUGAUACAUGUAAAGAUUUCUACAAUCAUUAAAGAGAAACACAAUCCUAGAGAGAGAGUGAGCUUUGCCUACCAAUAUGUUUUAAUUAGCCUUUGGUGUGUUGGCCAAUUCUGGUGUUAGGUUUGGAUGACUUAGGUAUAUGCUACUUUCACGUAGUCGGUAGGUUUGGCCAAUCAGAUAUAUUUUCGUAUUUAUUUUAGGGUUUUUCGAUGUUUCUUUUUCUAAAAGAUGAAGAUCGACGAAACAAUUACUGCGCAAUUAAGUUAAAAAUUUGUCGACUGCAGAGUACUAGAGAAAUUUAAAAUUACAACUAUUUCCUCUUUUUCAGAAAGUUUAAAUACUAGUGGUCUAAAACCCAUAUUUGGAACUACAUUAGAAGCUAGUCGGACAGUAAUUCUGAACCUACCGAAAAAUCAGAGAGUACUCGAAAGUUACACGAAGUCUAGUUUUAAAUACAAUUUAAUACUUUCUCCGUUUUUUUAAUAUAAGUCGUUUUAGAGAAAUAUUUUUGUUCCAAAUUAUAUGUCGUUUUCGGUUUUCUAUGUAAAAUUUAUUAAUAAUUAAUGUUGUAUAACCAAUGGUAAUAUAUCUUCUAUUUUUUUAUUGGUUGAAUUGUGGUUAGGUAAAUAAUUAAUGAUGCUUUUGUUUAGAAAAUAUAAAAAAUUAAUAAUUUUCUUAAUCUACGUGCAUAAGUGUAAAACGACUUAUAUUAAAAAACGGAGGGAGUAUAUUUAUAAUAUAUUUAGUUAAUUUUAAACAUGAUGACACAAGUUCUUAGACAUAAUUAUAUAACUUUUUAUAUAUAAUUUUAAACAGCCUCUUUUUGGUUCGUAAAUAGUGUAUUUGGUACGAAAAAAAUUCUUAAAUGUAGUAUGUAUAUGUUUGUUUUGGGUUUGAUAGCUAAUUUUAGUUAUUUAGUAAUGAAUAAUUACAUAAAAUCUGUCAAUAAUGAGUAAAAAAUAAUCAACCGUGUCUCAAUUUUACACGGAUGGAAAAAAACUUAAGCAGUCAACGCGGAAAUUAAACGGUCUUACGCGGGAACGCCUGGCUACACCGAUUUAUACAUAUUCGCCGCGGUCAACCUCCAAACAGUACCUAAACGACCGCGUUUUCAGACAGGGUCUAAAACUAAAAAAUUUAGUACUCGUAGAAAAUAAUAUAUUUAUCAAUUUAACAUGUUUUUUGUGAAAGACAAAAAAUAUAUUAAAAACAGAGAAAGAAUUGUUUAGAAUUUUUGUUCAAAAUUUAGAUUUUAUUAUUCAGAUUUUAGAUAUUAACAUAAUUAAUACAUUAAAAUAACUUUUACGAGGAAACCAUAUGAAAUUUCACAAGUUCUAAAAACAAUUAAUAUGAUACUUCAAUUGAGAAACCCUAAUUAACUGUGUAUUCCGACAUUUUUCUAACGCUCUAUUUCCAAGAUGUAACACACAAGUUUAUCAACUUACUAUUGAAAAAAGUACAGAAGUGUUAUUUUCAUCAAAGUAAAAAUGUUGAAGAUAUUUGACACAUAACAAACUAUACUACUUAAUUAGUUUAAAUUUAUUUUUAUCAAAAAGUCUAACUCAUAUUCUCAUACCUACAUUUUACUAGGAUAUGAUUAUACUGUGAUAGUAACACAUUAAUAAUGUUCUUUCUAUUUCAUAAUACAAGGAGUUUUUUUCAAAAUAUAAAUUGUUCACAUUUCUAUAUAAUUUUUUCAAUUAUUAAGUAUAAUGUAGCCAACCAAAUUAUAUAUAUUUUUAUGAUUAGUUCAAUUAUAUUAAAUAUAUAUAUAUAUAUAUAUAUAUUAAAUGCUACCUUUAAAAUAAUAUGUAUAAAAUUUGUGUGUUUUAGCUAAAUCUACCAAUAUUAUAAAACAAAGAGAAUACUAAAAUUGUGACUGAAUAACAAGUUAAAUGAAAUGAAAAAGUUAAACUAAGGAGAAAAAAUAAAAGUGAAACCCAACAUAAAUCUUUUUUCUCUAUUAAUCUAGAAAAAAAGUUACUUCACUUUAUUUCUUUUUACCGUAGCUUGGCUGAAAACAUAUUUGUUUUCAUUGGAUAAAAACAGAACUAUUCAGCCGAAAUUUUUUUACUCCACUUUGUUAACACUAAACAUGUCAUUGAUUUAUAUUCUAAUAGAAAAGGUGAUUGGUGAUCAACCCUAGCUGGCAAAAUUAAUUUGUAAGAAUAACAACUUUUAAAAGGUGUUGAGAAAAAAUACUUUCAGAAAAAGGUUAUUAGUUAUAGUUUCCCUACCACUAAAUUAUGUGUUCCUUAAUUUUGACUCCCAUCUGUCAUAUUUUUGAUAUGCAUCAUUGUAGAAUAUUUAUUUUUUUGAUCAUAAUUAUUAGAAAAAUUAAAAUUGACGUGUAAGAUGAUUCAAACACAUACAGAGACACAAGUGUUGAACACAAAAGUGUGUUCAAUAAAGAACAUAUAAAACCUUCAGCUUAACACCUCAGUAUUAUUCUGGCCAUCAUUUCUAAGCAAGUAAAAAAAGCAUGUGUAAGAACAUUUAUACAAAUACAGGGACACAAAUCUUCAAUAAAGAACGUAUAAAUCGUCCAGCUUAACACCUUCGAUGAAGACUGGCUGAUUUUGAAUCCAAGUCAAGAUAGCUUUAAUUCGUGUAAGUGAUUACUCCUAAAAAGUUUUAAAAGCAGUUUUUUUUUGGUAAAAAUGUUCAACUUUUAUACUAUUUUCAGUUGUUUUGACGGUAGUAGACAAAUUGAAACUAAACAAUACAGGAGAGAGAAGAAGAGAGCAAUGUCUAAUACCAUCUCCGAUAAUUUAUUUUAUUUCUUACUCUAAAAUAAAGUAACUCUAUAAUAGAAUUUGAGUUUGCUAUAAUGGUAUUUUAUUUUAGAGUAAAAAAUAGAGUGAUGAAAAAAAACAAAUUACUCUAUAUUCGAAGUAAACCUAUUCUUAAUUCUAUUAUAAAACAAAAAAUAGAGUAUUAUUAUUUUUAUUCUAAACUUUAUUUUAAAGUGGAAAAUAGAGUAGAAUUAGAGAUGCUCUAAAACAUAUAAGGAAUAUUGGACAAACUUAAGACCAUACAGCUAAAAAGCAGAAGAGAUCAGGCGGCAGCUUGACCGAGAAUAAUACAUUGCCAAAUAGGGACAAUAUCUUUGAUGAAUAAUGAGACCACACUGGAGUUUUUAAAAGUUUUAAAAGUAGUUAUUAGAAGCGCGGGAUAACAUUUUAGUUAAAUUUUCGAUUUAAAAGUUACUAAUUUUUCUGAUCUAAAUUUUAAUAUUUGAGUUUAAGAUAUUUAACUGAGAAUACUUUAUUUUAACAUCUCAUAGUGAUGGACAUUCAAAAUUUAGGUUCAUGUCAGUUAGGUUAAUUCAAUUUUCAAGUUAUUGGGGCUCGGAUGUUAAGACCCAUUUAUGAAUCAUAACUUUUCGAAUCAGAUCGAUUCGGGUGAUGUUGAGUUCGAGUCGGGUUUUUUAUUUUUUCAUAAAACCCGAAGCGAACUGAAUUAGAAAUAGUUUGGGUUUAUUUGGGUGUGUUUAUUUGGGACUAAAGCCAAAAAUUCCAAAAUCACCAAAAAAACCUGAGUUAAACCUAAAAAACAAAAAACCAGAUAAUUCAUGUAAUUGGGGUUUUGGAUAUUUUUUAAAUUUAUAUUAUAUAUAAAUUAAUACUGUUAUGUUGAUUUUCAGUUUGGUUUUUGCUCUUUGGGUUUAGAAAAGUAGAAACCAUUCAGAUUAUUGUAUAUUUUUAUCCAGUUUUAGUUCUAGUUUUUUUGGUUCGGUUUUAGUUUGUUUUUCAGAUAUUGGAUAAUAUAUCCACGACUACAGUCUCAUUAGUUUUCUUAUCUACAUAAUAUAUAUCUUACUAAAACAUGAUUGAAUUUCCUAAGAAUACCUUAUAAUAUUACUUUUGUACAAUUUAAUUUCAUCUAAAGGGAUAUUUGGUCUUUCACUAAAUUUUUCUUAUUAUUUGUAAACUUAUUCAAUAAAAUCAUUUAUGGCUUAAAUAUCAUAUUUAAAUUGCUAUAUUCAAGGGAUGUACGUAACAAAUUAACGUCAUACACUGUGAAAAACAUUUUGCAGUAUAUACACUUUUUCAAUAAUAAUUAUUAAACAUAAUAUUUCUUUCUAGCCCAAAAUGGUAACAUACCCGAUAUUAAAUAGUAUAGAUAUCUAUAUAAUCAAACUUAAUUUCAUUUAAAGCCAUUAUGGUUUUGUGGCUAUAGGUACUUUGGACAUCCAUUUUUCUUUUUAAAGCAAUUUUUUCAAAGAAAUUAUGUUUUACUUUAAAAAAGUAAAGCUACAGAAAAAAAGUUAGAAACUAAAAUAUGUUAGCUUUCAAAAUUAAAUUUUCUACAGCUUUUAUUAAGUGUUUUGAAAAUAAAUCGACAACAAAAAAAAUUAAAGCCAAAGGAAAAAAACUCACACAGCCAAUUUUUUUUAAAAAAAAAAAUAUAUUAA